AUGACUGAAAUUCAAAUACAAUUCAAAUAUAAUGAAACAAUUCGUAGUGCCAUAAUUGAUGAGCCAGUCACAUAUGAAGAAUUGGAGUAUGAAAUAAAGAACGAAAUUCCGAAGAUAAGAGACAUAGAAUUUGGCAUACAUGAAAACCACGAUGGUGAUUACGUCGUUUUGAAUAAAGAUCCCCGAUGUCUUCGCCUGGCAAUCACGUCUUCUUCAGUUGUUCCUGGGACGGAUUUAAAGCGAUUGAAAUUGCAAAUUUUCGUAGGACAUUCACCGUCACAACGAAAAGAAAGAGAUUUGGACAGCCCUAUUGCUAUUAAAUCGCCAUUAAAGAAACGGGUGUGCCCUGAUCCCAAAACCGCAACUAUUAGUGAGACCAGAUCCAGUAAAAAAUGUCUUUCUUUCGUAUCAAGAAUGGGUAAAACUCGCAACGACGAUGACCAACAUUUUCAACAAUCUGCUUCAACUACAAGUCGAUGUUCUGAGAAUGACACUGACAGUCAUAUCAGUACACCAUUUGAAAGAUACGUGAAAAAAUUGGAGGACCAAAUACGUCUAAAAGAUAACGAAAUAUAUGGACUGGACGAAAAAUUGUCAGCGUUUCAACAACGAAUUAAUUUAGUGAAAUCUCAACAAGGAGAUGGGAACGUCUGCCACAAUUGCCAUUUAAGACUCAAUCACACCGCAAGAAAAUGUAUGUUUGAUUCAUGCACCACUUUGUUUCAAUGUGGCGAAGAGAGAUUUCAUCCAACUGAAAAUGUUGCUAAACAGUAUACGGUGUCUUUGAGUAAACUUAGAAACGAAAAGGAACAGAUGCGGAAAGAUUUGGAAAGCAAGAUAAGUGCGUCUAAAAAAGUUACAACAUCUAUUCACAAUAGAAUUGAGAACGAGCUUUUGCAGGAAAAUAAUGAGGCUUACUAUGAAAGUGGUUUCAAGAAUUGGACAUUAGUAAGAAAACACGUUUACGCUUUGCAAUGCUACAGCCAAAAAUACCUUAACGGCAAAAUUCCUCCGAAGCACGAACUACUCGAAACCCUAGAAGAAGCCCUUGAGGAAUUUUCACCAGUCGAGCGAAUGAAGUCGUUAGUACAUCAAGCUAAACCUCGUAAAAAGCGCGAGUUUGCUAGUAAGAGUCUUUUAGAAGGAUAUGGCGUAGAGUUCCCAGUCGGGCCAAGGCCAAAAGACAGUAUAUCGCGCUCAGCCUGCAAUGAUUCGAACUAUUCGAGAGACUAUUCUCGUUUAAUUCCUGAAAAUGAAGACGAAGAAGAAGCACAACUCGGCUUAUGUAUUAGAGAAAGUUUACGUGAAAGUACCACCAUGCCAACGGCCACUGCCACUAGUACUGCUGGUGCCCUAAACGAAGGUACUGAAGGUAAAGGAACCGAGAUAAUUCCAACAUUCAUUCAUACAAUUGAGCCGACAUAA